AUGGCUGGAAUCGGUGUUGCCACGGGCGCCGCGCUCACCGCCAACGGCAGCUCUUCCUCCUUGAUCGGCUCGCCCUCCGCAUCCUCUUCGAGCCGCACGAUCACCGUGGGUGUGCUGGCGAUCCAGGGAGCAUUUCGCGAGCACGCAUCGCACAUCAACCGUCUCAACACGCUGUAUCCGCUCGAGACGAUCCGAAGCACGCUCGUGCGCACGCCCGAGCAGCUGGGCGAGUGCGAUGCGCUCAUCAUCCCUGGCGGCGAGUCCACGGCGAUCUCGCUCGGCUGCGAGCGCAUCGGUCUGCUCGAGCCGCUGCGUCAAUGGGUGCGCGCAGGUAGGCCCGUAUGGGGUACGUGUGCGGGCAUGAUCAUGCUCGCGCGCGAGGCGAGCGGCGGCAAGAAGGGUGGGCAGCAGCUCAUCGGCGGCGUGGACGUGCGUGUGGGAAGGAACGGAUUCGGAACGCAGGUCGACUCGUUCGAGACAGGACUCGAGAUCCACGGGCUCGAUAAGCAGAGCGAACCGUUCAAUGGCGUCUUUAUCCGUGCGCCCGUCGUGGAUGCGUUGCUGCUUCCGACCGACCUCGAAAAGGUGCCUGUCGACCAGCCCACCCUCGUCAAGCGCAUCGAUCCGGCCACGUUGCCAGAAGGCGUACCUGCACCGCUGACCACCUCGGACGCAGUACCGCUUACGCCGGGGGAGGAGCUUCCAUCCACCGCAUCGGAGCCGCCCGUGCCCAAGCUCGGUAACGCCGACCAGGCACUGCGCAUCGUCGUUGCGCCACCGCUCUACGAUACGGCCGACCCUGUGCAGUCGGCACAAAAGCGUCCGCCCAUCGAGAUCCUCGCCACGCUGCCGCAGCCCGUCACGCCGCCCAAGUCGCCCGCCAACCAGCCGGUCGCAUCGAGCGCGAGCCAGCGCGACCCGCGCCUCGAUCUGCCCCGUAGACCCGACCACGACUCCCAGAUCGUCGCCUUGCGGCAAGGCAAUAUCCUCAUGACCAGCUUCCAUCCCGAACUCACCCCCGACACGCGCCUCCACAACCUCUUUGUCGCCAAGAUCGUCGUCCCCUACAAGCGCGCCCAGUCGUAG